CCCUGACCCAAGGCUCUGAACAAGAAAUCCCAGCCCUGCGGUAAAUAAAGGGACAGCAGGCUCUGGUAGGCUACUCAGCUAAGCUCCGGGGACAUCCAGUCUGCAAAUGCUGCAUUGAGAAGUCUCAAAAACUCUGCAUCAUGAAUACUCUGUCUGAAGCAAAUGGCUCCUUUGCCAUCCAUCUUUUAAAAACACUGUGUCAAAACAACCCUUCGGGAAAUGUAUGUUACUCUCCAGUGAGCAUCUCCUCUGCUCUAGCUAUGGUCCUCUUGGGGGCCAAGGGAGACACUGCUGUCCAGAUAACUCAGGCACUUGGUUUCAACACAGAGGAAGACAUUCAUCAAAGCUUCCAGGGGCUUCUCAGUAACCUGAACAAGCCCAACAGAAAGCACUCACUUAGAAUGGCCAACAGACUCUUUGCAGAGAACACCUGUGAAUUAAUUCCAACCUUUAAGAAGUCCUGUCUUCAGUUUUAUCACUCGGAGAUGAAGCAGCUGUCCUUUGUCAAAACUCCAGAGGAGUCCAGGAAACACAUAAACGCGUGGGUCUCCAAACAGACUGAAGGGAAAAUUCCAGAGUUGUUGUCAGGAGGCUCCGUUGAUUCAGAGACCAGGCUGGUUGUUGUCAAUGCCUUAUAUUUCAAAGGAAGGUGGCAACAACCUUUUCCCAAAGAUUGCACAAUGGAAAUGCCCUUUAAAAUUAACAAGGAGGAGAAGCGGCCAGUGCAGAUGAUGUGUCAGGAAGACACCUUUAACCUCGCCUACGUGGAUGAAAUACAGGCACAGGUGCUGGUGCUGCCAUACGAGGGCCUGGAGCUGAGCAUGGUGGUCCUGCUCCCAGAUGAUGGUGUGGACCUCAGCAAGGUGGAAAACAAUCUCAGUUUCGAGAAGUUAACAGCCUGGACCAGACCAGACUUCAUGAAGAGCACUGAUGUUGAGGUUUUUCUUCCAAAAUUUAAACUACAAGAGGAUUAUGACAUGGAGUCCAUGUUUCAGCACUUGGGAAUGGUGGAUGUCUUCCAAGAGGGCAAGGCUGACUUAUCAGGAAUGUCUCCAGAGAGAAGCCUGUGUGUGUCCAAGUUUGUUCACAAGAGUGUUGUGGAGGUCAAUGAAGAAGGCACCGAGGCUGCAGCGGCAUCAUCUGUCAUUGAAUUUUGCUGCGCAUCUGUUGUCCCAACGUUCUGUGCAGACCACCCCUUCCUUUUCUUCAUCAGGCACAACAAAACCAAUAGUCUCCUGUUCUGUGGCAGGUUCUCAUCUCCAUAAAGACACAUUUACUAUGUGGGGAACAA